GAAUUUACUUCCGGGGCGACUCCGUGCACCCAGGGCGGAAGUAGCGUGGUCCGCGCGCCCUGGGCGUGAUGGAGCAGCAGCAGCAACUAAGAAACUUGCGAGACUUCCUGUUGGUCUACAAUCGGAUGACAGAACUGUGCUUCCAGCGCUGUGUGCCCAGCCUGCACCACCGAGCCCUGGACGCUGAGGAGGAGGCCUGUCUGCACAGCUGUGCUGGGAAGCUCAUCCAUUCUAACCACCGCCUCAUGGCCGCUUACGUGCACCUCAUGCCUGCCCUUGUCCAGCGCCGCAUCGCGGACUACGAGGCUGCCUCGGCCGUGGCAGGUGUUCCUGCAGAACAGCCCAGAGACUCACCAUCAGGCAGCUAGCCAUCCUCUGCCCCAAGAGAGAAGGUGAUUUUGCCAUGGAGUCCAUUGGCCUUAAACGUGAUCCUCCUGUCUCAACCUCCCAGGUACUGGGAUUACACACAUGGACUACAGCUGAUUGCUAGAUAAUUCUUUAGGAAGAUGAAAAUUGCUGACAAGGAGCUUCCCUGUAGAGUGACCUCAUGUCUGCCUGACAAAAUUCACUCUUUGACAAGUAUAAAUGUAAGUAAAGCAGUGUAUGAACUUCUUAAUUCCCAAAGACAGGAAGGUGGAGACCCAGGAUAUUGUGUUGCUGCUGGGGGAGUUCUACAGCAGCAUCUGUAUGUAUCCUUUCA